AUGCUUUUUCCAAACCUUUUUCUCGCUGCCGUCGCGGUUACCACUGCAUACGCUGGGCCAUGCAAACCCUUGACUGGCAAACCAUCUUCUCUUUCACCUUCCGAAAUUACUCUUUCAUUUUCGACUUCUUCCAGUGAGACGUCGAACCCAGGCGACAGCGCAACUUCAGAGGGUUUCGAUAGUCAGGAGGUAACUUCAAAGUCUACACUGGCCAUUGAUACUGCUACAUCUCGAGAUAUCCCUACUACGGACAUCACCACCCCUACUAUAGUGGCUAGCAGCCUAGAAUCUGUCGACAGUCAUGUGUCAAGUUUGGGCUCUACCACGCUCGAGACGACUGCUACCGAUGCCAUACCGAUCGAAACUACAGUCAAGGGUGCUAUCGAAGCACCCACAUCCGAGACGAGCGUUGAGGAUACCGCAUCGUUACUCACCAGCACAGCCGCCGAAACAACAUCCAUCACUUCCGAAACAACUACCGCUGCGUUCUGCGCUCGUAGCACGACUGUGAUAUCAGAACUUGAAGAUGAUCGAGAUGCAAUCCCGUUUUGUGUCCAAUAUUUAUCUAUUGCCACGCAUACCGUAACCGAAUACGAAACACUACAGCCGUCCAGCGUAUUCGAUUACGAGCUCAUCACUGUCACGGCUGACGCUGUUACAAAGAUCAAAACAGCAUAUGAGGGCGUAACGGCAAUUGAAACCGCCAAAGAGACUAAGACUGAAUGGGACACUACUACUGUCACUUCGACGCGCUCAAUUGAUACAAUUUCCUGUCUUGACAGUGCUUACACUUACACUCCCCCGGUGCCGACGUUCGAGCCAGCUCGUGGUGCACUAGGAGAAAGGGGAGAGAGUCUGGAAGUGGUGCCUGUUGCAUUUCCUAAUGAGUGGACAGAAGCCGAGACCUCUCUUGCUUGCGAAUGUUUGUCGCUUGAAGCACCUAGUACUACAACCACAAUCUUUCAGACGUCGGAGCCUGCAACGAUGGUCGUAGCUUCUACAGAUGUAGUUACGCCUAUUGAGACUUAUAACGAGAUAAUCACAACGACAUCAGUCAGCACUUCUACUUCUACUGUUACAGAGAAAAGAACUGUAACAUCAACAGCUUGGAUUGUCGAGACCACCUUUGCAUACAAUAACAAUAUGGCAUAUCGCAGGUACUCGAGUACAUUCAAUGCAUAUGUCUUCAACAACGGAUUUACUACUACCUGGUUUAAAUCACAAACUCCCUUAUUCUCCGGCUAUACGACCACCUUUACCUUUGCGUCUCGUGGCACUUUCACGUUGUCAAAUGGUGACUCGUUCGACUCGGGUCCGGCCGCUCUUCUCUAUAAUGCAUACUUUUAUGCAAAGGAAACUGGAAAGUACAAGUUCAGUAUAGCUGAAACAAUCGAUAACUGGGGUUAUCUAUGGGUGAACGAUGCUGCAUAUACCUGGAAUCAAGGAGCUUGGGCUAUUGAGGGAAGACGUACUGGAUCAGACCCGACGCUUUGGAAGAGCGGUUCAUAUGAGAUCAACCUCAACAAGGGUGAUGCCAUUCCAUUCACGUAUUUGUGGGCCAACGGAGGAGGACGUGGUAACAACGACAUGACUGUCAUUGCUCCAAGUGGUCGUAGCAUCCCAGGAAUGCAGGGCUCGACCGUGCAAGCUUGCAAUCGCGGAAGAUUCCAGUAA